UUUAACACAAUUAAUAUUUCUAUAUAGUAUUAUAUUGCUCAUCCAAGAUCAUUUUAUCGUGUGUCAGACCGACAUCCCCAGACGCGAAUGUAGGAUAAUGCUAUUAAUGGUUUGUUUAAACUUAAACUUAAAGGGAGUAAACAUUAUGUGUAAAAGUCCAACAUCCUAAAUAUUGAACUUGACACGAGUGAAUAACCUAGUACACACUGACAGGACAGAUUUAUGCACAACUAACAAUGCCUGAUUUUCUAAGGAUUCUCGUGACGAAGGCGGCGUCACCCACAGCCUAUCAUUUGUUACCGAUGCUGGCUUCUUGCGACAUCACUCAAGGACAGCGAAUAGAAUUGAUAUUAUGUGACUGCAUUGAUGCCCAAGAAGACCUGACUGGUGUAGCUAUGGAACUAAAGGACUGUGCAUUCCCAACGUUAACAUCUGUGAUCCUGACCAGCAAUUUUUGCGAAGCUUGUAAAAGUGCUGACGUCAUCAUUGUGCUACCGAGCACUGGUAGCAAUGGAAACAAAGAAGUGGAGAUCAGUUACAGUUCAUUAAAUCAAGUAGACUUUUCAAGCCUAGAUACUGUCAUGCACCCUACUGUUGUGUCUAAAACGGAAACAGCCAAGGUACAUUGUAGAGGACCUAUGUCUACAGCGUGUGCCAUAGCCAAUUGUAUGACACAAAUAAUCACAGAUAGUGUGAAGGCAAUUGAGAGGGAAAUUGAAGCACGCCAUGAAGAAGCUGAGUUCGGUUGUCCACCAGAUCCGACAAUAGAAGACAUAAUAUUAACACAUUGUGAUUAUCACUUCGGAGCCAUCAGUAUAGGUGCAAGAACACUAGUUGUAUUUGUGUCUUCUAGUGAUGUAAAUGACAUCGAAUGUAUGGACGAGGAUAACUUUGAAGACAAUCAGAUUUACACACAAGUGUAUGCAAGACUGUAAUUUAGCGCUUGAUAUAUGUUUAUGUAUAGAAUAGAAUUACCUGUAAAAGAAUAUUGUUAACUCUUUAACAUGUACCUUCCAAGCCUCUUUAACUUGUAACAGAUAAAAAGACAUUCGAAUGGAGAAUUUGAUAAUUGCACCAUUUAAAAAGUUUAUGAAUGAAAAAGGAUUCAUCAAGUCACUUACAUAUUUGAGCCGUGCCAUGAGAAAACCAACAUAGUGGGUAUGCGACCAGCAUGGAUCCAGACCAGCCUGCGCAUCCGCGCAGUCUGGUCAGGCUCCAUGCUGUUCGCUUUUAAAGCCUAUUGGAAUUGGAGAAACUAUUAGCGAACAGCAUGGAUCCUGACCAGACUGCGCGGAUGCGCAGGCUGGUCUGGAUCCAUGCUGGUCGCAUACCCACUAUGUUGGUUUUCCCAUGGCACGGCUCAUUUGUUGGUAUUUAUUGGCAGUUGUUUGAACAGCUAAGCCGGAUUCUUGAUAAAAUUGUAUGUACUUAAACUUUCUAUGUGUUCUGGAUUUCAACCUGAACAUUUGUAUGCCCACCGUUGAAAUAUUUGCAGAUUUCAUAAAAAUAAAUCGCAAGCAAAUUUCAAUGCGUAAUAUUCAAAACGAAGUGCAUGAAUAUUUCUCACUGAGAAAUACUUGCAUCUGUACAUAAAGAUCACGUUUUGGCUUCAAGUCCCAAGCAUGGUCUCUGCUGCAAAACCAACUCUGAACAUACAUCACCUCUAUAAACCACAAGUUUCAUUCCCACAGUGAACAUUUUACUUUUAUUUUAGACCGUAAAUAAAGCUGACCGUCGCAAAAAAAAAUCAUUUUUAAGCUUUCCGAGCAUGGACAGACCAAUUGAACAAAGACCUACUUGAUAGCUCCGUUUCCAAAUUUAGUAUUUCAGUUUAUGUUAACCUUUAAAUGAAGACCGCCUCCAAUAAAAACAACUUUUUGGCUUUCCCAAGUAUUAUCUUUAAUGAAAGGAACUACCUAGCUCCUUAAAUAAACAAAUAGGAAUAUUGGCAUCCUACAAUAACUGUCGUACCAUUCUGCUAUCGCUUUUCUUUACCUUACCAUAGUCAUUCUACUAUCCUAUCAUUGCCACUCUGCUACCCUGUCAUUGUCAUUCUACUCUCCUAUCAUCGCCAUUCUACUAUCCUGUCAACGCUAUUUUACUAUCCUAUCAUCGCCAUUCUACUACCCUAUCAUUGUCAUUUUACUCUCCUGUCAUCGCCAUUUUACUAUCCUGUCAUCGCUAUUUUACUAUCCUAUCAUCGCCAUUCUACUAUCCUAUCACCGCCAUUCUACUGUCCUGUCAUCGCCAUUUUACUACCCUAUCAUCGCCAUUCUACUAUCCUAUUCUCGCCAUUCUACUAUCCUGUCAUCUCCCUUCUACUUUCCUAACAUCGCCAUUCUUCUUUCCUAUCAUUGCUUCAUCGCCAUCCUACAAUCCUAUCAGACCUGGGUCUUGUGCCGUGAUAUUAUCUUUAGAUUAUGUAGUGAAUAUAACGAACGUAUUUGCUAAAUGAAUAGAUUUACUGUAGCUGUCUAUAUACGCAUUGACGGUCGAGGCGCAGACCAAGGCCGAAACGUUAGUGAACAAACAUCUGUUAAGUCUUCGAAAUGGAGGCUUCCUCCCAAGUUUUUCUCUUAAGUUUUUCUUCUCCUUAGUAUCGGGAUUACUCUCUGACUACCCUUAUACCUAUAAAAUCCCAGUGAUGACUCAAUAGUAGAGCGCCUUUUAGUCUUGCGCGGAAGGCCUAUGUUCCACCAUGAGUGGGCCAUAACGAUAACUUUAUAAACUGGUACUUGUAGGUUCCUUGCUUAAUGUGAUAGGUCUAUAACUAGCAAGCCCGGUAUAAGUAUGACAUUAUGUGUGUUUCAGUGAGGGAUCAUCAUAAAGAUGGACUUGGUGUUUACUGCUAAAAGUAGACACUGAGAAAUUGUGAACCCGAACAUUAAAUAACUAAUGCUGUUGGCACUGGGUAUUAAAAUUGCGACUCGGCAUCAUUUUUGUUGCUUUCUUCUUUACCCCUACCACACAAGGAACGACACGUCUUUUAAUAUUUCCUGUUCUCGUGUGUGCAAUCAGCAGUCUUUAGAACUUUCAUGUAUUCGUGUCUUCAGGAAAGAUUACAGAAUUGUUGCAAAAUACACCAGGGCCCAGUUGUUUGAAACCUUAACAGGCGAUUAAGCUAACGGUUGAUUAACUUUUAGGGCUAUUUUUCGGCGUUUCAGAAGACUUUGAAAAACAGAUGUAUGAAGUAAGAAUUUUGAACACUGGAAAAUCUUUACAAUAAAAUCAAAACAUCAUACUAGAUUGUCCCACCAAGUCAAGUAUUUUGAAUCAAAAUUUAACCGGAGGUCAGUUUAACAGCCAGUUAAAGUUUCGAAUAACCGGACCCUGGCUGGUAACUCUUUAUAUCCUAUGUUUUUGCUUAUUACGUAAAUUACAUUAGUAAUCACCUACUUACAGUUAAUUAAGAAUGAUUGCAGUAUAGCUUUUUCAAUCUGAUUGGUAGCAGCGCAUAGAUCGUGUACUUCAGUCAAAUUGACCUUUACUCAUUAUUGGCGGAGAAUUUGAUACUGCUGCUUUUUGGUACGGAGAGGAGAGCAUAGUUCUGUUAAAUAGACCAAAACAAAAUAAUUAGAAAACAAAUCUAUUUGCGUAUUUGCACUCAGUACGUAGACCGCAUGUUUCAUAUAUAACAGUUGAUUGUUCUUCAUACCUUAUACUGUGACAUUUACUAUUGCAGUUGUAAGAUGUGGCAUACGGAGCGUGUGCUUGACGGAACAGAAUGGACUGCGGGCGGCAAGUUAUAUAUAUAUUAUGAGUAGGCAGAAUUAUUGGACAUAUAGUUCACAAAAAAUAAAAUGGAAGUGGGGAAUUCUAGGAACGUGAAAAUGCUCAAUAAAGCCACAGUUUACAGCAAAACCACAAUUCAUCCAUUAUUUUUACACUCGCACAUUAACGCGUCCAAGGGCGGAUCCAGGGAGCGGCCCCCCCCCCCCCCCCCAAAAUCGCCGGAGCAUAGGUAAUUUGUCUUUUGUUCUGGGUGAAAAAAAGUGCAAAAUAUACAUUUUUUCUCGCUCGCUACGCUCGCAUAGGUACUUAUCUUUUGCUCUGGGUGAAAAAAAGUGCAAAAUAUGCAUUUUUUUCUCGCUCGUAUAGGUAUUUAUCUUUUGUUCUGGGUGAAGAAUAUGAACUAUUUAUUUUUUCUCGCUCGCUACGCUCGCAUAGGUAAUUUGUCUUUUGUUCUAGGCAAAAAAAGAUAUAAAAUAUGCAUUUUUUCUUGCUCGUUACGCUCGCACAAUAAAAAUCCAACAAAGUUUGCAUGAGCUCCUAUAACGCUCUUACCAUUUGUACAAUAUGUUAAUAGCCCUUGGUAACCCCUCUCCAUAAAAAAUCCUCAGAUAUCCAAUCGGGCUAAGAAAUUCCAUUCUGAGAUACUUACGCAAGAAUAAGUCUGGUAGGGGAGACCGGGGAUAGUUGUUACAUGGGGUAGGUUGUUACAUUGCGAAUAUUGAAGUGGUGACGCAUCAUAUAAAGUCACAGAUUAUGCGUGUUUGUUAGUUUUAAAAGUCGCCAUCUUUUACGGAUGCGUUGUUUAACUUGGUGACAGUUAUUUGAAAAAUAGAACAAAAAGCUAGAUUUUGGGCCACGUAAGUAAAUUUUCGAGUUUCUCAUACAUUUUUGGUUCAUGUGCACACUUGAAAUAUAUAUAAAACUUUAAAAAUGUUGUUGGACUAAGCAAGGAAUUGUGCUAAAAAUCGUAAAAUCUCAAGAGGUUACAUGCUUUCUCUGAGUUGUCUACCUUAGAUAUUGUCACGUGUUGUGGAGUCGGGGCAUGUUGUUACAAUUAGUGCGGGGCACGUUGGUACAUACUACCAGUUGACCCCAAAGAGAAGAUUCACAAGAGAAUCUUUAUUUGAGGCUGGAACAACCGUAUUAGACAUUCCUGUUUGAGACAAGGGAAAUCAGAACACUACUUCUGUUAAGUAAAUUGUCCUGCUGUAAACUUUUAAGUUGCUAGGUUCUGUAAUAUUUGUAGAUAAUUAAGCUGAUUAUUUGUUAUGCAAUGCAAGAGUGCGAAGUGUAGAUAAUUUCUAACAAGGUCUUUGUUCCAUUGUUAGCCACUUCCUUCGAUCACUAUCAUAAAUGUGAUAAGAUCUAAAGAAGACUGUAUAAGAAUAAUUUGCAUAAUUCGAAUAUACUGAUUGUCAAGAUAUUAAUCUGUGAUUUCAUUGGUUGAAGAUCUUAAAUUGAAAAGAUAAGAAAUAAUGCAGCAUCCAGGAGAAAAGACAGUUAGUUAGUGGACAUCCACAGAACAAGCGUGUUAUACUUUAAUGUUUAAUUUCUUGUUAGUUCGGUUAACCGACGUUAAAAGUGACACUAAAUUUCUUAUCUAAUUAUAUUAACUGGAUAACCAGUGUUCAAAAGCUGACUACUUAUUUUGUUAUAAAUUUAUACCUUUUGUUAAUUUGAACUAUUGUGGAUAAAAUAAAAAUAGUAAAAUUGCACAGAAA